AGACAGCAACUUUGCGGAUCGUUAUCAUCGGUGCUGGNNAUCACUGGUCUCACUACUGCGAUUGCUUUACGCAAACUACCGAAUGUGGAUGUACAGAUUUAUGAACGGGCGACUGAGCUUCGAGAGUUGGGGCAGGCUAUUGCUAUCAAUCCUAAUGGUUUACGCACGCUUGAGAAGUUGGGAUUACAUAAAAUGCUCUCUGAUGAGUUGGGAUAUAGGUGUCCUAGCGGCAUACCGCAGACAUUGAGACACUGGAAGACUAAUGAAGUUGUGGGAAGAGAGCGGCAUACAGAACAUGUCGAGGAAAAGCAUAAGAUGACGAGGUUUUAUCGACCGUGCCUGCAGGAGACGAUACUGGAGUACCUGCCUAGAGAAAUCAUACACCUUGACAAGCGAGCCGUCGAUGUCAAGAUCAAGGAAGAGGGUGUCAACGUUGAGUUUGCGGAUGGUACAAGCGUACAUGCAGACUUACUUGUCGGUGCAGAUGGCAUUCGCUCAGCUGUUCGUGGUUUCUCUGUGCCAGACUUUGAGCUCAAGUGGUCGGGACUGAUUGCAUAUCGCUCUGCUUUCGAUGUCAACCUGCUUGAUAAUGUCGAGGACUUGCCGGAAGACACAUCACAAUGGGUAAGCAGAGGCAGGUACGGCAUCGUAGCCUUCCACAGCGUCGAUCCCUCCAAAAACCAACACUUGCUGGAAAAGACGUCCUGGGAUGCAACAACAGAUACAGCCACGCUCCGGGAGUUGUACAACGACUUUCAUCCAGUUGUGAGAAACAUCGUUGGAGCUGUACCCCAUGUACGCACAUAUCCAAAUUUUUACGGUGGCUUUCUCGACUCGUAUGAAUUUGGGGGUCGGGUUGUGCUUGUGGGCGAUGCAGCACAUUCGCAUGGAGGGGCACUGGCUGCAAAUGCUUCUCUGGGUAUUGACGAUGCUUACUGUCUUUACCUAUCCUUUCUCGACAAGGUGUCUUCAGAUGGACAUUUGAGCCUGACAGCAGAAGAGUUACAGCAGGUCCUGCAACGCUAUGUUGCGGUACGCAAACCGCAUUGUGAGAAAGUGCUGAGAGUGGCGCAUGCAAUGUAUGGUAUGAACAAUCAGCGACUAUGGGGAGGAGGAGAAGAGGAGACGGAUGAGACGGAUGAGCAGCUUAGGGAGAAGUUGAAGAAGAGGCCGUAUGCUGCAUGGAUCCACGAGUAUGAUGUCGAAGUCGCGUUCAGAGAUGGCGUUAGUAGUUGA